AUGAAAGCCAUCAGCAAAUUUCGAGGAUGCAUUCGACAAGUCGAGCGCCUCAAUCCAAGCGGUGCUUCUGAACUUGAUAUUAAUAAAUGUGUUAGGAUCAUAUUUGCAGAAGAUCCAGAAGAGAAAAGAGGAUUUCUAUUUGAUCAUGAUCUGAUUCAAGCUCCUGUCAUCGACUUAAAUGAAGGCAAUGAGGGAUAUACUCCUAAUGACGAUGAUCAUUCACCAAUCGACAUUUCAACUAGUCAACCUAUUCGAAGGAAGAAAGAGAAGUUGAGAAGACUGCAAGAAAUUGAAAAGAACCUUAACUUUGAAGCUUUUGCUAAAGGAAACCAAGAAAUCUUAGAAGUUUUAAAAAGAGGUCAAGAACAACGAGAAAAUGAAAGAAUAACGAUGAACCAGGCUAUGAUGUUAAAGGCUGAAAAUGAUAAGAAAAAGUUAGAUCUUCAGCAAGAAUGA